GUCUUCCUGUUGUAAAACACAGCAACCGGGCGUCAGCGUCAGGAGGACACACUCCACUCUGCGCAAUUACGCGGACUCAUAACUGGCACAGCUACCAGAGAGGGAGAAAAAAACAUUUUGCUGGCUAUUGAAGAGGUGCAAACGGACUUUUAAUCGACAUCCCGAUCGUUUCUAUAGGACUUGGGCUGAGCACUUCGAUGCAGUUUACGGCACAGAAGCUGUAACUGUUAUGAUUGUUACGCAUGUGCUAUGAGCACAUAAUAAUUUUAGAAAUAGAUUUUUUUCUAUUUAGAUAGCUUCACGUCUUCUCUAAAAUUGGCUCCCGUACAAACAGUCGCGUUGGAUCCCUCGGCUUAUUGCGAGACUCCGGUGUAUAACCCGGAUCUCUGCCCUAAUAUGAUAGCCGCCCAGGCAAAGUUGGUGUAUCACCUCAACAAAUAUUACAACGAAAAAUGCCAGUCUCGGAAGGCAGCCAUCUCCAAGACCAUCAGAGAAGUGUGCAAGGUGGUUUCAGAUGUCCUAAAGGAGGUGGAGGUGCAGGAGCCCCGCUUCAUCAGCUCGCUAAGUGAGAUGGAUAAUCGUUUUGAGGGACUGGAGGUCAUUUCACCCACCGAGUUCGAGGUCGUACUCUAUCUGAAUCAAAUGGGAGUAUUCAACUUUGUAGAUGACGGGUCUCUCCCUGGCUGCGCCGUGCUCAAGCUCAGCGACGGCCGCAAGAGAAGUAUGUCUCUUUGGGUCGAAUUCAUCACAGCCUCCGGUUACCUCUCGGCGCGCAAGAUCCGGUCGAGGUUUCAGACGCUGGUGGCGCAGGCAGUAGAUAAAUGCAGCUACAGAGAUGUUGUCAAAAUGGUCGCUGACACAAGUGAAGUGAAGUUGCGCAUUAGAGACAGAUAUGUGGUGCAAAUCACUCCAGCUUUUAAGUGUACUGGCAUCUGGCCACGAAGCGCUGCGCACUGGCCUCUGCCUCACAUCCCAUGGCCGGGACCAAACAGAGUUGCUGAAGUAAAAGCGGAGGGUUUCAAUCUUUUAUCCAAAGAGUGCUACUCCUUGAACGGCAAGCAGAGCUCAGCGGAAAGUGACGCCUGGGUCUUGCAGUUCGCCGAGGCCGAGAACAGGCUCCUUCUAGGUGGAUGCAGGAAGAAAUGUUUGUCGGUCCUCAAAGCGUUACGAGACCGUCACCUUGAACUCCCUGGACAGCCUCUGAACAACUAUCACAUGAAAACUUUGGUUUCCUACGAGUGUGAAAAACAUCCCAGGGAGUCUGACUGGGAUGAGAACUGCCUCGGCGAUCGGCUGAACGGGAUACUAUUGCAGCUUAUUUCAUGUUUGCAGUGCAGAAGGUGUCCACAUUAUUUCCUGCCUAAUUUAGAUCUAUUUCAAGGAAAGCCUCACUCUGCUCUAGAAAACGCAGCCAAACAGACUUGGCGACUGGCAAGGGAAAUACUGACCAACCCCAAAAGCUUGGAGAAACUCUGAGGUAAAGAAAGAAAGAAAAAAAAAUGUUGGUUCACUCCGUCUUAAAAAUGUGUUAAGAGGCCUGACGACCUCAUAAAUGGACAGUGAGAAUAUCGCCAACCAAUUUGCAAAGUCUUGUGAAAUGUGACUGUCCUCUAUUGUCGAAUAUUGUUUCAGGCCCAGUUUUUUUUUGUUAUUAUUAUUAUUAUUAUUAUUAUUUUUAUUAUUAUAACAUUUUAAUUCGCAAUUAUCCUCGUGCACCUUUUGCUGAUGUUAACAGGCUAUUUAGAAGCAAGUUUAAAUUACUGGUAACAAUUAAGAGGUCACUCCAACAGCAGUUUUCUUUACUUUCCGUGCCACGCGGUUGACCCAAGUCACACACACUUCUGCAAAUGCUUUAAAAUGAAGCUCCACACCUUAAAAAAAGAGAAAAAGAAUAAGCAUAUCUGUACAUUUUAUACUGUAAAUACAUUCAUAGAUUGUGAUUCAAGUGGUCUGGAAUUGUGAAUGUUGUUCUGUGACACGUAAAUAGGAUCCACCUGUUAAAAUCUACUUCUGAACUUUUUCUUUAACUGGUAGAAACGUUAUUAAUUUAUACUUGCAUCAGUGGUAGUCUGACUCACCUGUUUUAAUGGACAUUUUCUAUUUUUUUUUAAGUUUACAUUUUGAUGGUAGGCGUAUGACAUAUAUUACAUCGAAAACAUUCCAUCGGUUUACUUGAAUUAAUAUUUAAAUUACUCGAACUAUUUGAGUUGUUGUUUUUCCUCUACCAUGCUUAGGGCUACAUGAUUAAAAAAAAGAAAAUGACUAAUUAUAUAUAGUAUAUAAAAAAAAUUAUAUAUAUAUAACAGUUUAAUUGGAAAAAUGCACUUGAAAUACACUGGAUUAUAAACAUCUGUGAUCUGAUUUUUUUUUAUUUCUGUCUUUGGUCUAAUUUAAAGAGAAAAUAAAACGAGCUGGUUUAUA